UCUUGCACAGGUCUCAAUCGGUGUCCCCUCCUCCGGUUUUGUCUCCGGUCUGCACCCCUUCAUAUCCGCUUAGUGACAGCGAGGAAUUCUUCCAGUCCAACCGGCUGCCCAGCAUCAGCACCAAGUUGAUCAUCAAAGACUGGACCUUGCGCGGUUCCAGCGUGCGUGACCAACGCCUGAGCUCCCCGGAGAACGACCCUUCCAACCACCUCCAGAAAUCGGUCAGCGUCGCCUGCCUGGACAAAAGACUUUCGGUGUUCAAGGGCCCCAAGCAGAAAGAUGAUGCCCAGGUGGGGAAGGACGGAGACGUGAUCGGAAACUGCCAGCUUAACCGCAGCACGCUCUCUCUGGGAUCCGCCGCCAAUCAGCGCAACCGGCCCCACAACCGCGUCACGGUGCACUCGCAGGUGCUGGACAUUCGGCGUAAGAUCUCAGAAUGGGAGUGCAGGAGGGACCCUUCCCCCAGGCUCAGCCUCUUUGUGGACAAAGGAGACCAGGGCGAGCGCUCUACCAGCGAAGGAUGUCCCAGCAUGUUGGCGUCGCCAUGCAGUGAAAAGACGUUCGAUUUCAAAGGAUAUCGGAGAAUGAGCAGAACAUUUUCUGACUGUUCUUACCCUGAAACGGAGGAGGAGACCUCAGAGCGUGACUCCCUUCACAGUUUCGAGAGGCGGUCAAGUCGAUCCGAACCUGCCAAUGCCUUUGUCCGGGGUCAUGCCAGGAAGGAGUCCUCGGCCGUCCUCAACCGGAUCCAAAAAAUCGAGCAGGCGCUGAAGGCCAACCCGGGCAUGGGACUUCCUCAGCUGCCCAGCAGUUGCUUCAGCGUUGACCUGGGCCGGAAACGGUCCAUCACCUCCGGUACCUUAGAGAGCCCGAGCGACAAACCUGAGAAUGUAAAUACUGUAAAUGAGCAGGAACACUUCAACGACAAAAACGCAAAAAAACAAGCCAGGAACGACUGCAAACUCGGGCGGCUCCCCCUCGGUUCCUGAGGGCCCCGCCAACGAUGUCAACCCGGUCCCUAAGCCGAGACGGACAUUUGAGUAUGAAGCAGACAAAAGCCAUCGGAACAACCCAAAUAAUGGUCUACCUCCUUCCUCGUCACCGGUCUCCCCACCCCCUCUCCCGUCUACACCGGCACCCCCAGUCACCAGGAGGCCGAAAAAGGAGCAUCGGAAACCCCAAAACCGAAAAUCUCUGGAGUUUGAAGAUGCGUCCAGCGUCCAGUCCUUGGGCUCCCCGUCUCCGGUACAGAACGGUACAGAGAAGCAGCACCGAUCCGGUUCCAAAAGCACUUUAGAAGAAAACGCCUAUGAAGACAUCGUGGGCGAGUCCCCCAAGGAGAACCCCUACGAGGAUGUGGACCUGAAAGGGCGACACCGCAAGUCCCAGCUGUCCCCCGACGGCCCCGCAGACCCGGCAAACAGGAUGUGGAGGACACCAGACAGGAAGUACACCACUCCAACCCAGAUCACAUCGAAGUCAGGCGGUCAUUCGUUGCGUGUCGGGACCUCCUCUGAGAGGAAGGGGCACCGCGUCACCCGCCUGCCGAAAAGGCACAGCCACGACGACAUGUUGCUGCUGGCCCAGCUCACAAUCCCCCCCUCCCCCUCCAGCCUGAACGAGGACAGCCUGAGCACCGCCAGCGGGCUCCUGAACUCUCGCCGGGCCCGCAGGAUCCCGAAGCUCGUCCAGAGGAUAAACUCCAUCUACAGCGCCAAGAGAGGGAAGAAACGACUGAAGAAGCUUUCCAUGUCCAACAUUGAGACGGCCUCCCUGCGAGAUGACAACAGCGAGAGCGAGAGCGACUCCGACGAUCGGUUCAAAGCUCACACGCAGCGCCUGGUCCACAUCCAGUCCAUGCUGAACCGGGCCCCCAGCUAUCGCACGCUGGAGCUGGAGCUGAUCGAGUGGCAGGAGCGCGAACUCUUCGAGUAUUUCGUAGUCGUCUCCAUGAAGAAGAAACCUUCCAAAAACAACUACAUCCCAGAAGUCUCCUAUCAGUUCCCCAAGCUAGAGAGGCCCACCAAGCAGGUGCGGGAGGCGGAGGAACGUCUGAAGGCCAUCCCCCAAUUCUGCUUCCCAGACGCCCGCGAUUGGACGCCGGUAUCGGAAUAUAACAGUGAGACUUUCUCCUUCAUGCUGACGGGUGAAGAUGGCAGCCGGAGGUUCGGGUAUUGUCGCCGCCUACUGCCCAGUGGGAAGGGUCCGCGGCUCCCCGAGGUGUACUGUGUCAUAAGCCGGCUGGGAUGCUUCGAUCUCUUCUCCAAGAUCCUGGACGAGGUGGAGAGGCGGAGGGGGAUCUCGGCGGCUCUGGUCUAUCCCUUCAUGAGAAGUCUGAUGGAGUCUCCAUUUCCGGCUCCCGGGAAAACCAUCCGAGUGAAGACGUUUCUGCCGGGGUCACGGCAAUGAGGUCAUUGAGCUGCGUCGGCCCAUGGACUCCCGCCUGGAGCACGUCGACUUUGAAUGCCUCUUUACAUGUCUCAGCGUCCGACAAAUCAUCCGGAUAUUCGCCUCGCUGCUCCUGGAGAGACGAGUCAUCUUUGUGGCGGACAAGCUGAGCACCCUGUCCAGCUGCUCUCAUGCCGUGGUGGCCCUCCUGUACCCAUUCUCAUGGCAACACACCUUCAUCCCUGUCCUGCCCUCCUCCAUGAUUGACAUCGUCUGCUGCCCAACACCCUUCUUGGUUGGUCUUUUGUCCAGUUCGCUGCCCAAGCUAAAGGAGCUGCCUGUGGAAGAGGCGCUGAUGUGAAUCUUGGCUCCGAUCGGUUUAUUAGACAGAUGGAUGACGAGGACGCUCUGUUACCCCCCCGGAAGCUGCAGGCGGCUCUGGAACAGGCGCUGGAGAGGAAGAGCGAGCUGAUUGGUCAGGACUCAGACAGCGAUACCGAUGAAGAGUGUAACACACUGAACGGUCUGGUCUCCGAGGUCUUCAUCCGAUUCUUCGUGGAAACGAUCGGCCAUUACUCCCUGUUCCUGGCACAGAACGAGCGAGCGGGGGGAGCGAGUCUUCCAGAGGGAGGCUUUCCGCAAGUCCGUCGCCUCCAAAAGUAUCCGCCGCUUCCUGGAGGUGUUCAUGGAAUCUCAGAUGUUCGCCGGCUUCAUCCAGGACCGCGAGCUGCGGAAAUGCCGGGCAAAAGGACUGUUCGAGCAGAGGGUGGAGCAAUAUCUGGAGGAGCUUCCGGAACACGAGCAGAGCGGAGUGAACAAGUUCUGGAGAGGUCUGGGGAACAAGAUGAAAUUCCUCCACAAGAAGAACUGA